UUCUGGUCAGGCCUCUAUAAAUUUCCCACGUUUCUUCCAUUCUUCUAUCUCCUUUCAUUUUUCAUUCUCUAGUUGAUUGUGAUCAACUCACCUCUUCUCUAGGUUGUCUGAAAUUAGGUAAGAACCCAGAGAGGAGACAUGGCCGACAGUGUUCUGACCGGGGUUCACAGCCUCAGGGCACGCUUGGAUGAAACUCUCACUGCCCAUCGCAAUGAAAUCCUGUCCUUCCUGUCAAGGAUUGAAGGCCAUGGAAAAGGAAUUCUGCAACCCCAUCAGCUUCUAGCUGAGUUUGAGGCCUUACCCGAAGUAAACAGAAAAAAACUAAGUGAUGGGCCAUUUGGAGAUGUCCUGAAGUCCAUACAGGAAGCCAUAGUUCUGCCUCCAUGGAUUGCGUUUGCUGUUCGUCCAAGGCCUGGUGUUUGGGAGCAUAUUCGCGUGAAUGUGAGCGCGCUUGUUGUUGAGGAGUUGCUUGUGCCUGAGUAUUUGCAUUUCAAGGAAGAACUUGUGGAUGGGAGCUGCAAUGGCAACUUCGUUCUUGAGUUGGACUUUGAACCAUUCACUGCAUCCGUCCCUCGCCCAACUCUUUCCAAGUCCAUUGGAAAUGGUGUCGAGUUCCUCAACAGACACCUCUCUGCGAAAAUGUUCCAUGACAAAGACAGCAUGCAGCCCCUGCUUGAUUUCCUCCGAACUCACCAAUACAAGGGGAAGACAAUGAUGCUGAAUGACAGAAUUCAGAAUCUGGAUACCCUCCAAUUUGUUCUAAGGAAGGCAGAGGAGUAUCUGUCUUCACAGGCUCCAGAGACUCCAUACCCUGAGUUUGAGCACAAGUUCCAAGAGAUUGGCCUGGAAAGAGGGUGGGGUGAUACUGCUGAGCGUGUGCUGGAGAUGAUUCAUCUACUUUUGGACCUUCUUGAGGCUCCUGACCCCUGCACUCUUGAGCAAUUUCUUGGGAGAAUCCCCAUGGUUUUCAAUGUUGUUAUUCUCUCCCCCCAUGGCUACUUUGCUCAGGACAAUGUUCUGGGCUACCCUGACACUGGUGGCCAGGUUGUUUAUAUUCUGGAUCAAGUUCGUGCCAUGGAGACUGAGAUGCUUCUCCGUAUCAAGCAGCAAGGACUUGAUAUCACUCCCAAGAUCAUCAUUGUGACUAGACUUCUCCCUGAUGCAGUAGGGACGACUUGCAACCAGCGUAUCGAGAAAGUUUAUGGAACAGAGCAUUCAAUCAUCCUUCGAGUUCCCUUUAGAACUGAGAAGGGAAUUGUCCGCAAAUGGAUCUCCAGAUUUGAAGUGUGGCCAUACCUGGAAACUUACACUGAGGAUGUUGCAAAUGAGCUUGCUACAGAGCUACAGACCAAGCCAGAUUUUAUCAUUGGCAAUUACAGCGAUGGAAACAUUGUUGCCUCUUUGCUGGCUCAUAAGCUAGGGGUUACACAGUGCACCAUAGCUCAUGCCCUGGAGAAAACCAAAUAUCCAGAAUCAGACAUCUAUUGGAAGAAACUAGAGGACAAGUACCACUUCUCAUGCCAGUUUACAGCUGAUCUUAUUGCCAUGAACCAUACCGAUUUUAUCAUCACCAGUACCUUCCAAGAGAUUGCUGGAAGCAAGGACACUGUUGGGCAAUACGAGAGUCAUACUGGAUUCACCAUGCCUGGGCUGUACAGAGUAGUCCAUGGUAUCGAUGUUUUUGACCCCAAAUUCAACAUCGUUUCACCAGGAGCAGAUAUGACCAUCUACUUCUCCUACACUGAAGAGAAAAUGAGGCUGAAGGCCCUCCAUCCAGAAAUUGAAGAGCUUCUUUUCAGCCCUGUUGAGAAUAAAGAACACUUAUGUGUACUAAAAGACCGUAACAAGCCAAUCAUAUUCUCAAUGGCGAGGUUGGACCGCGUGAAGAACUUGACGGGACUUGUUGAGUGGUAUGGUAAGAAUACCCGGCUCAGGGAAUUGGUUAACCUUGUUGUGGUGGGUGGAGACCGAAGGAAGGAGUCCAAGGAUUUGGAAGAGCAGUCAGAGAUGAAGAAGAUGCAUGAGCUCAUAGAAACCUACAAACUGAAUGGCCAGUUCAGAUGGAUUUCCUCCCAGAUGGACCGUGUCAGGAACGGUGAACUCUACCGCUACAUUGCUGACACCAAGGGAGUAUUUGUGCAGCCUGCCUUCUACGAGGCUUUCGGAUUGACUGUUGUCGAGGCCAUGACCUGUGGAUUGCCAACAUUUGCAACCUGCAAUGGUGGCCCAGCCGAGAUCAUUGUGCAUGGAAAGUCAGGCUUCCACAUUGAUCCCUACCAUGGAGACAAGGCAGCUGAGCUCCUUGCCAACUUCUUUGAGAAAUGCAAGGCAGACCCAACUCACUGGGAUAAGAUCUCCAAGGCAGGCCUGAAGCGUAUUGAAGAGAAGUAUACAUGGAAAAUUUACUCUGAGAGACUGUUGACCCUGGCUGGGGUUUAUGGGUUCUGGAAGUAUGUCUCCAACCUUGACCGCCGUGAGACCCGCCGCUACCUUGAAAUGUUUUAUGCCCUCAAGUACCGCAAGCUGGCUCAAUCAGUUCCUCUGGCUGUGGAAGAGUAGCUAAAAGGCAGAGGCAUUGGCUAGAAGCAAGCUGCAAGUUUUCUGAGCUGUGUGGAAUAACUGUCAUUGUUUGAGGCUUGGCCGAAAAGAAGGCAUUUCAAUUUUUGCUUUUUGUUAUCUGUAAUGUUUGAACAUGGGAUGUUAAGGCUCCUGGAUUUCAAUUAAAAUCUGUUACCUUUAUUGGGUAACACUGCUUGCCAAGAUUUGGCUCUGUUAUCUGUCAUAUUGGUUAAGAAUCAAAUUCCAAUCUUUCCCCUA